AUGGCAACACUAUUUUAAUGUGAUGGUGCAAACUGCAUUGAAGCUUUUCUUGAAGUGGCCGUCUCCACUACAUCUUCAAUAAUGGCAAUAAAUGGAUUCCGAAUAAUAUUUAGAGAUCGUAAUAAAUUGCUAUCGAAAUUGAAUAAAAUUAUUUAUGGCAUAUCUAUGAGUUAAUUAAUAUUGCUUAGUGCCUAUUUCAUCUUUUGGGGAUCUGAUUUUGUUAUUUCAACUAUUAGAUGUCUUAGGAUUUUGAAUGAAAUUUUAUUAUGUUCCUUGCUAGCAGAAAUAGGAUUCGAAAAAGACUUUUUAGAUAAAUUAGAAAUCGUUUUGAAGAUCCUAAGCGGGUUUGUAUUUAUAGAAUGGUUUUGGACUGCAAUUAUUUCAAAUGAAGAAUAUGACUAUUAUUGUUUGAAAAUGGAUUUGGUUUAUUUAUCUGGAACUACAGUAAUUUUGACUCUGAUGGCUAGUGGUUUUGGAUUUUAUGCACUGGAUUAAUUAUAAAUAUCAAAGCAAGAAUUAAAACCUGAAGAUUAGAAUAAGAUGGAUGAACAAGCCUUAGAAAUUAAAAUAUUCUUGGGUUGUGACUUGUUGUCUGGUCUUAUCCAAUUUGGAUGGGAUUAUUGGGCUAAUAUGAGUGCUUAUACUAUCGCUGAUUGUAAAUCAUAUUAUGAGGCCUCGUCUAUUACUAGCAUAUUUGUUAUAUUUAUUAUGAAAGUGCUAACGCUAAUGAUAUCUCCAAUUGCUAUUUAUUAUAUUCUGUAUUAUAAACAGAGGUAGCAAUUCAAUUAUAGGGCUGCAAACGUCUUAGACAUUAAUGUGUUAAUAGAUAGAAGAAGUGAAUUAGCUGUUGAAUUAACAAAUGCUUGA